AGACUCACUGAGGGGGAAGACUGUUUCAGGAUUGAAAGAACAAAUUACAAAGGGAAAGCUGUUGCCAAACGCUAUAAGGAUCCAGAACUCGAGGUUCUGGAUAGUACCAAGAUCCACGGACAUCCCAAGGACAGAAGAGAGGAGGAAAGUGUGAGCAUGAAGUUGAGGAAUGAAACAGUUGAGGAAUCUCAGACUGCCAAAGACGAAGGGUUUCACGAGAAGCUUCAAGAAGAAGAUGAGUCUACUGAGGAUGAGGACGCAGGAAAUUCAACAGAGGAAGAGCCAGAUGAUUAUGAUGAAGGUAUGGUAAUGAUUUACAGCAAAGAUGAUUAUCCUGGGGAUGUUUUCCACACCUUGGCAGAGUUCAGGUACUCUUCCCUCCUCACUGACCUUACUUUGAGCACAGACGAUGGGACGAGUUGCAAUGUACAUGCUCUUGUGCUCGCAGCCGUCAGCUCCCUCAUCCGGGACAGUCUGAUUACAGGCAAUGUGGGAAACAAAAGAGCUGAUGACCCAAAGGUCAAAGAUACAAGUGUUGGAGUCUCCAAGUGGUCACUCUCUCUGGGUCCAGAGGUGGAUCGUGUUGGAUUAGAGGCAGUUGUGGAGUUUGCUUACACUGGACAUAUAUCGUUUUUGAGACAGGACACUGUGUACCCGAUAAAGGCUGCUGCGCUAACACUGGGAAGUCCAAGAGUGCUGGAUCUCUGCACACUGGAGGAGGACAAAUAUACUAAGGCUGGAGGACAGAGGGGAGAGGGAUGGGUUUCAGCUGCGGAACAAAUGUCAAUCAGUCUUCAGUCUAUGAAACAGCUAUGGAUGGACAGAGUGGGUUGCGACGUGAUCUUGGAAGCAGUUGAAGGAUCACUUCAUGUCCACAGAGUCAUCCUGGCAAUGGGGAGUGACUACUUCCGCAGCAUGUUCACCUUGGGUAUGAAAGAGUCUCAUCAGCCCUGUGUGGCCCUUCCCUUCCUGUUGGCUUCAGAGCUGGAGGUUCUGAUCAACUGUUCCUACAGUGGGACUCUACCCCUCAGCUGGAGGUCUGUCUUUGAGAUCACCAGCACUGCACUCCAGCUUCAGUACCAACCUGUCCUCAACUUGUGCCUGAACUUCCUGCCACAAGAAAUAAAUCCCCACUCUUGCCUUGACGUAGCAUCUUUUGCCGAGGCCUACGAGAUGACGCAGCUUCUUGAGGUUGCAGACGAUUAUGUCUUGAGGCAAUUCCAAAAAGUGGCGUGUACACCAAAGUUCAAGGACCUGCCAGCCAACCAGCUCUUCAAGUACCUGAACAGCCACACACUCUGUGUACCAUCUGAGCUUGUUGUAUUCAAAGCAGUGGUGGCAUGGAUCCAAUCUAAGCCCAAGAAAAGGUUGAAGCUUGCUAAAGAACUAAUGAAAACCAUCCAAUUUCCCUUGAUGACAUUUAAGGAAUUCCAAGAGGUUCAAUCUCUGAACAUGUGGUCUGAUCACAAACUGACAGGACUCUUUAAAGCGAUUUUUGAGGAUUUUUGGUCCAAUGACAGUGCACCACAGACUCAGUGCCGCAUCUAUCUUCCAAAGGAGAGUCUUGUCUUGAUUGGAGGUGACCAGACCUCUGACGACCUGGACAAGCGCAAAAUCAGUAGAGAACUCUGGUUUGGAAAUUCCCUGAGGAACUACAUAGGGGUAAUAAAGACCAUGGAGUGGCGAAAGUUGGGAGAGAUGCCAGAGUUCGGGAGGUUCGGACAUGAGGUAAUUGUCCUCAAAGGACAACUAUACGUGUUUGGUGGAAAGAGAUAUUAUGGCACCGAUGACGUCCUGAAUUCUGUGCACAGGUACGAUCCCCUUCAGAACACCUGGGAGAUCCUGGCUGAAAUGCAAGAAAAGAGAUCUGCUUUCUCAGUGGUGGUGCUGGAUGGAAAAAUGCUUGCAAUAGGGGGUCAUUGUGUGCCUGACUAUACAGAGAGUGUGGAACAAUACUGUCCCACUGCAAACUCUUGGAGGUUCACGUGGCCCUUGGACCUUCCUCUGAGCGGGCAUGUGGCAAAGGUUUUACAAGGGCAAAUCUAUGUCUCAGGUGGGCUAAACAACGACUACCAGUGCAUUUCAUCCAUGUUUCUGUACCACCCAGAGAAAGGAAGCACUUACUUGGCAAACAUGGCUCACCCUCGGGCCUAUCACUGCAUGGAGACCCUAGGGGAAUAUCUGUAUGUUGCAGGUGGAAUCACCACAGACGGAGACAUGGCCGUCAUUAACCAGCUAGCUUGUGAGGUUUACAAUCCAGCAGCUGACUCCUGGACUGCCUUCACACCCCUGCCAGUUCCACAUGUGGGAGCAGGAAGUGCAGUUUUGGAGGGAAAGUUUUAUGUGCUAGGUGGAUACAGCCAAGAGGACUACAGUGACACAAAGAGGGUUCAUCGCUAUGACCCCAGUGCACAAAGAUGGGAGAGUAUGGGCAGGAUGCCCGGUCCGAACAAUGACAUACGAGCUACUCUGCUGUGUUUGCCACAACAUUUCCGAUUGUAAGACAUGCUAACAUAUUCCAGUGCUUGUUUUGUGUAAAGUUUAGAGACGGUGCAUUGUGCGAUAUCAUUGCAUGCAGUAUUUUUGCAACCCAGCAAAUAUUUUUCCACUGUAGAGAAGGCAAAGAUGCUUUCAAUAGGCCAAUCAGACCUACACACUUAUUAUGAUGAAGGUAAACUCCACCUGACAGUGUAUGGGCUGAUUUAUUAGAACUGUGGAAAAUGUUGUGUUUUUCUUUAAUGUAAUUAGGUGGCAAAUAUUCCUUUUACAGUAACAGUGCAGUAUUCAAAAGCUGCUUUGUAUUCAUAAUUUUCUAAACAAAGCAUAGCACAUCCUUUUUAACGUAUUACUGCAACAGCUAAUUAUAAGCUUUAGGCACAGUUGACAUAAAAGGAGACAGUAAGGUUUUUGUUUUUGCAUUUAUUGUUCUAUUCAAGAAUGAAUGUUUUCAUUAAAAAUGUCAAGAUGAAAAGCAUGCAGAGGGUCUCUUUCCGUCUCUGUCUUGGUAUCUAUAUCUUAACAUAGAGGCGACAUAAUUAUGUUUUAGCAGAGUUCCAUUAAUAUUAGUUUGAGGGCAGGUGGUUGUUUGCACGUCAUAGGUACAGGGCAAGCAAACACUUGCAGCACGGUAAAAACACAGGCCUGCACAUUUACUGUAUGCCACAAACACUAUCACAUUUUUUGACACCAUGGGCUUUUGUCAAUAAUCACAACGUUCUGAUAUUAUGAUCUUUGCCAUCAAACAAAAUUUUGACUCUUUGGUCUUCACUUACAAAUACAACAACUAAGCACUAUAGUUUCGGCCAACAAACAUUCAAACACUAUGGUCUUUGCCACCAAACAACAUUUUAGGUGCCAUGUCCACUGCCAAUGUUUUUUGCACUGAUUACUCAUUUCCAGUACUUAGCAUCCUCAGCCCAAAAACGCCCUCAGCAUCAGCUGAUUUUUAUUGCAGCGCUAUUUAUGAGUUGAAAAAAGUUAAACUUUUGGAACACCGCCGCGCUCAUCAAUGUCACUUCCUGAUCACUGACCAAUCACAAUCAAGAAGGGGCGGGACUUCUGAAAUUAGCUUUGUCAACAACAAUGGCGACGGCCCGUAUGCAGGAGAAAAGUUGUCACACUUGUUUUUUCAGGGUGCAAUUUCAGAGUUUAGAGCUGCUACUAAUGCUAAGACACGAUUUCAAUCAAUAGUUUUUACAGUUUAUUGUUGAAAUGCCAUUGCAUGAAAGCAAAUAUGAAGCAUACAGAGCAUUUUAAAACAGAACCAGCGGCCUCUACUUAGGGAAGCGGAACUGCUGCAAGACUACAUUCAUAACCUGGCAACAGUAAACGCUGAUGAGAAGCGCUCUGGUAUUCGCCAACAAACACAAAGAGUUGAUGCUAUAGUCUUCUUUAACAAACAUAAUGUACAAUGCGAGGGUUUUCUUAAACAAGCAAUGUUUGGACACUAUGGUCUUUGCAAAAAAUAUACUAUACAAUGCUUUGGUCAUCACCAACAAAAACACAAUGUUUU